UACAGUUAUCUGCUAACAGUUAUGUUAUUAAACAUUGUAUUCUUGGUACUAAUUAAUGGAAUACAUUGUGUUAUCAGCAAAAACAUUACAAGUCAAACUGUUCUGAAAUUUGGGCCGUUAGCGCUUUCUGAAUACUCUGACGUUGGUAGUCAAGAAGUAAUAUAUGCACCUAUUCCUGCUUCGUACCUUCCUAAUUUUUCAUUUGAAUGGACGGGCGGUAUUGAGAACACUGGUUCUAGUUCACCUGAAUCAUGCCCCCAUGUAAAAAUCAUGGUUUUGGUGCGAAAGUGGGGUUUACCGGUCCCCAACCCCACGGGUGCUACAUACCCAGAUAACACAUGGCUGAAUUUGAACGAAACAGCUAUUGGGGGGUUUCGUAUAACCCAAUCCCUUCCAAACCGACACGACGAAUACAUCAUGAUUUUCUCUGAUGAAGGGAAUACAACAGGAGAAUUUUACAUUUCUGUUUUUAUCGAAAAACCUGUUCAAAGCGGAAUUGAAAUACCGAAUGAAUGCAAAUACAUAGUUCAACUCAUCAUCAAAGCAUAUAGCGAUCUUCCAUUGGAUAUAGCCGUCAUGACAAGUGAGAAUUAUUUUGAUACACUGGAUACAAAUCAAUAUGAAAAUAAUAUAUUCUUAGAUCGGUACAGAAACGGCCUACUGAAUACAGAUUACAUUACGUCAAAAGAAGGGUACAAUAUAAGUACAAAUAAAUCGUUAAAAUUCAGCUGGAUCGUACAACCUUAUUCUGAUGUUGGUGGUACUUUAAGAAUAAAACUUAGUUUUAACUCAUCUUUAUUAUCAAAAAACGAUACAAUUUUGUUACGUGGAUGUGCGACAUGGAACAGCGAUACACCAUUCACUUACGAUACAUGUGAAAACGGGCACAGUUUAAUUGUAAAUUCAUCACAAGAUGCUUAUGAUAUAUGGUACUGGCCGUUUCCAAAAGGUGGUCUGUGGGCUCUAGAUGUUGGAAUUGAAUGCAUCGAAGGAGAUUGUGAUAAUACUGAUAUCAAUAUAAAUCUCGAUACAAAUAUCGUUCAGUGCAUUGAUUCAUGUCAUUCUGGUACAUCUCAAGGUGAAUGCAAAAUUUACCGCACUGAUAUCUUAUUUUUCUCGGCUUGUGAUUGUAGAGGAGGUUGGCAAGGCAUUGCUUGCACUGAUGGUACAAAUGCAGUACCUCGAAGCAAACAACUACUUGUUGUACUCUUGCUUACUCUAAGUAAUAUAAUAUUUUUUCCUUGUGGCGUACUGGCAAUUAUGAAAGGAUUUUACUCAGAGUCGAUAGUUUACUUUUUUGUUAUGUUUUUUUCAACAUUCUAUCAUGCUUGUGAUAAUGAUUUUGCAGCUUCUGUAUGUAUCAUGCCAUACAAUACUUUACAGUUUUCCGAUUUUUUGGGAUCUAUUUCAGCGAUGUGGGUAACUUUGAUUGCGAUUUGCCGGCUUCCUUUUAUCCUUGAAUCAUGUUUUCAUAUUGCGGGGUUGAUGGCAAUUAGCGUUGGUGUUACAGAUAACAGAUUCAGUGUUUUUACUACGUUAGUUCCAGUGCUGUGUGGACUGUUUAUACUUGCAAUUAGGUGGGGAAGGCAAUGUAAGGCUUCACAUACUUGCUAUCCAGCAAAACGUGUCUGGUUGUUUUCAUUCAUACCAGGAGCAUUAUGUGCCAUUUUAGGUUUUGUAUUAUUUGUAUUUGUUGAGGAUCCAGAUAAUUAUUUUUAUGUACACAGCAUGUGGCAUGUUUUAAUGGGAUCAGCAGUUUUAUUUUUGAUCCCAAAAGAAAAAAAAUUUUCUUCCCAAGUUGACGUUGAAUCGGAGGAUGGCAGCAUAUCUGGUACUCAUUAUAAUAAUGUAAAUGCCACAGAUUCAACCACUUUUCAUCUAGAAUUAUCUGAUGAUUCUUCAUAGUGGGAAACAUUGUUUUAUAUGCACAUUAGGCAGAUAGAUUAAGUACAGACCUCAAGAUUCUUAAUUUUGUUAUAAACAUGUCACAAGCAGGGAUAUUCAUACAGAAUGUUCCAAAACUCUGCACUGAACUUCAUUUUUAUAAUACCAGCAUGAUGGUGUAGCAGCUGAAGUAUUAGACUCAUGUGUUGGCAUUGUAGAUUACACAUCUUGUGUUCAAACCCUGUGUACCCCACUUCACCCAGUGUGGUAAAUUGGAUAAGUCAUUCAAAAUAAUAGUAGCUCGUUAAGUCGUUAGAUAUUGACGGCUUGCUUGUAUAAGAUAGUAUAAUUCUGCAUAUUUGACAAAAUCAUCUCUGUAAAUGAUCAUCAAUUUAUAUUCAAAUUUUUCACUAUGGUAUUUUAAAUAGCCUAAACAUUGGUCCUUAAUAAACUUUUACUGCUAGUAUUUUUCUUCAUCAAAUUUUUUUUUAAAUAACAGUUAUAGAAUGUAAAAAACAUUUCAAUGAGUGGUUUUAAAUAAGCUUUGUAUAGUGAACCUUAAUAAUAUGUUUCACUUGAUAUAGUGAUUAAAUUCUCAGGGAUAAUUUUGUUACUGUUAUAUUAAUAAUAGACAUUUGUUUGUCUCAGAUUUAGAAUUCCAGCUAUUUUUCAUUCUUAUUUAUUCUCAAUUUAUCUGGUCUAUCUUUUGUAAUAGUUGAAAUAUUGAAUUGGAAACAAUACAUUGGUUCAGCAUUUAUAUAGGAUAAAAAAACGUAUCCCGCCUCAAGUUAUUUACCUUCUUGAAAGUUUUCUUCAAUUUGAGUUUUUUUUUUCAUAUAAUUGUUUUUUUCAUAAUUUUUCACGUUUUCUGACUGAAAAUUGUUGAAACAUUUGUUAGCAAUGAAUAUCUUUCCAAAACCCAUUUUCAGAUUAUCAUGCUUCAUUUACUAUAAAAAUUUAUACAUGGUACGCUACUCCUUUCAAAAACCCUGUUAAAAAGAUGUUUUUAUGCCAAUUAUGCGGUAUUUUAAUCGGUAUAUGUCACCUUAGGUUAAUUUUUUUUUUUCAUUGCUUCAUUAUUCAGUAAUCAGUGCUUUCAUUUUUAUGGUACAAUUCCAGUCAUAUUGUAAAUAAACGAUUAUGGGAAGCUACAGAAAGUUCCUGUCCUGUGCCCAGUAUUAUCUAACUUAUAUGGAAGCUUUAUACCAAUUUAUAUUAAAGUUUCAUGAAUGUUCUUUAUUGCAUAUUUUUGUGUUUUGUAAAUAUUUUUCAGUUUGAAGCAUUUUUAGAUCAGAUUGAAUUACUGCAUAUCCUCGCAUAUAAGCCGACCCCUGAAAACGACCUUAAAACAACGAAUUCAUAAAAAUUCCCAUAAAAGCUAAACCUACAAAUCGUGAGAACUUAGCAUGGUUCGAGUUGUAGCUGUUGGAAUUAAGUUAGCACAAUUUCACUCGUUUGAAUGCAAUCAGAGUUAUGCACGUUUAAGUCGACCCCUUGCUUUGGCAACUCUUUCUUGAGUUUUACACUCUGCUAAUAUGCGAUGAUAUACUGUAAGAGAUGUGCUGUAUUUUUUAUGAUUCAAUAGUGUGCCGUGUUCAUAAAAUCUAGCUUAGUUUGAUUUAGAAAGUUAUUCUAUGUGUUAGUUGUUUUAAGUCUAUAUUAGGUUUGGUAUUAUAAAAACUCUGAUGAUUAAAACUCUGACUGUUUCUCUGCCUUUGUGUUAGGAGUAAUAGGAAUUAUGCAAGGAUGCUAUUGAAAAAUUCAAAACUGCUUUUUUGUAUCGUUCAAACGGUAUUGUCACAGUUUCACAAAUUUUAUUUUGUAACUUUUGUGAAAAAGAAAUUUACUUGAAUUUCAUAUGAAAUUGGUCUCAUAUAAUGAAAAUGUUUCAUUUUAUUAUAAUGAAUAUGAAUAAUAAAUAUCUUCCAUAUAUAUACUACAAUAUCUAAUGUAUUAUUAACAAAACAUUAGCAUUUUAUUUCUGUAUAGUACAGGUUGGCCUUUCAAAAAAGAAGAACUUGGGUCAUUUGAAAAUAUUCUAGAGACAAAAUAAGUUCACAUGUGCAAAGCGUCCUAAAUUUCAUUAAACAUUUUGGAUACAUUCCAAUUCCAUACACAAACAACAAGUGUUAAUCGAAUUUUUUCAUUUUCUUUGGAGUAAUUAAGAAAUUUAUGGCUUCUGUUUUUUGGGUUUGCUCUAUAUAUAUCUGUACGUUAUUUAAUAGACAGCAUUCAAGAUUUUUUCGAGUUUUCUAUUUCUGUACAAUAUUCUAGUCUUCUGGGCAACAAAUAUAUUCUGAAUGGUUCAGUUUAGUAGCUUUUAGCAGUUAGGUAAAUAAUAUUUUCCAGUUUGGUACUGUUUAUUUUUCGAUUUCUCAUAUCUGCCGUUAUGUUAUGUUUGAUUUCGUUCUUAUUGUGUUUACUCUAUCUGUAUUUGUACAACUUUAAUUGUAAAAUUCAAUUGUGGUUUCCUGGUUGUUCUGUUUAUUUUGCACUGUUUAACUCUUCUAAUUAUUUCUUCUUUUUGUUAAUCAUGAUAUCACCUUUUUUCAGA